AUGAUUUGUGGACAACAUAUCAAAGUUGCCUGCCAGAUUUGUGUCAGAGGUCAUAGGACCAAAAAAUGUAACCAUCUGUCCAUUGUUAAUUUAGAUGAUCCAGGAUAUAAUGGAUACAGAGGUUGUUUAGAAGUCAUUUCUAGAAAAGGAAGAAGAUCAUCAAGAAUUCCAGAUAAAAUUAAUGAUAGUGAACUUAUACAGGUGAAAUUAAAUCCCAAUAAUGAUAAAUUUAUCUUGAUUGAAGCCAAAUUUGUUCCUAAACUUAAUGAAUGGUGUCCAAAUAGUCAAAACUUUAGAUAUGAAUGUGAUUAUCCUUGUUGCAAAAAAAAACCAAAAGAAUUAUACAUUGAUGAGAAAAACUCUAAAUUUUUAAGAGUUCCACAAUAUUGUAAUCUUAAUUCAAUUGAAGAUGCUAAGAAGAUUGGUACACCUGUUAGUUAUAAAGAGUUACCAACUGAUUUUUUGAAUAAUGAUGUGAAUUACCAUUCUAUUGCUAAACUUUAUCCAGAUAAGUCAGAUCAGCAAAAACAAUUUACUGAAGCAAUUUAUGAAAGAUUUGUUCAAGGGUCACUAGCUAAUAAUUCCACAUCACCAGCUCAAGGUUUCCAAUACCCAAGUCCUGUGAAUCCAUCUCCAGCUUUUAAUAAUAAUCAAUACAUUUUAUCACAUAAUGAAAAACAGUUAACUAAACCAAUUGAAGACAGAGUUGUUCAAGGGUCAUCACCUAAUAAUUCAACAUUACCUCAAGAUUCCCAGUCCCCAUGUCCCGAAUUUCAAUCCCCAUGUCCUGAUUUUCAAACACCAAGUCCGGUCAAUUCAUCUCCAGUUCUAAAUAAUAAUCUACAUAUUUUAUCACAUAAUGCACAAAUGAAUUAUGAUUCAUUUUUUUAUUUUAAACCUAAUCCACAGAGUUACUACAUUAAUGACGUUCCAAAUCAAUACCAUCAUAAUAUCAACAUCAAUGAUCAAGGUUAUUAUGGUGAUGAUUUACAUUUUGAUACCAAUAACAAUUUGAAUGUCACUAGCUUUUGUGAAAAAAAUUUUGGACAGGUUUUACAAGAAAUUUCAAGUUUCGAGAAUGUCAAUACUGAUAAUUCAUCGAAUUCAUUCAACCAGCAUUAUAAUCAAACCCCUCAGAAGUUUUAUAAUCCUCCUGUCUCACAUUCUACAGGAUAUAUACAUGAGCAGAAGGAUUACGUUGAUGAUGAUUAUGAUGAUGCAGAAGAAGAUGAAGAUGUUGAUGAGGAGAGAGAGAAGGGAAAUGAUGGUUAUGAUGGCAAUGAUGAUGAUAUUGAAGAAGAUGACGACUCUAAUGAGGAAGACCAGGAAGAAAAAGAGGGUGAUUAUAUCAAAGUUACCAAUACUAAAGGUGAAACAGUGUUGUCUAUUGCUGAAACCUACAUAAAACUUUUGGAAUACAUAUCAUCAAUUGGCACUGGUGCUCCAGAGACCUGUGAUUAUUACAUUUCUAUCCGUGGAAUUGUCAAAUGUGAACAAAGACUUGGAGUUCCACAGAGUAUUAGUUAUGAAGUGGCUUGUGGAUUUAAAAUUCCUAGAUAUCACUGGUCCAAUUUACAUUGUCAUUAUUUUAAUAUAUGGCUUGAUCAGCUUGCUAAAUAUCUUGACCUCACAAGAUCAGCUUUACCAAUUUUGGAAGCUUAUAAUGUCAAUGGUGUUACCCAUAACGUGAAUAAUGGUGAUCCACAAGUCUUAAAACAAUCAUUUAUAACCACUCCUUCAAAUGAUAAUGAAACUUCUAUAUUGGACAUUGAUGAAUAUUUAUGUUUCUCAUCUGAAACCGCUAAACAAUAUUAA